AUGGCAUACCCCGUCUUGCCUAGCCCAGACAACUUCCUCGCUGUUGCUCUCGUCAUCAACCGGUCUCGGGACGGCCCGCGAUUUGUCUUCCACUAUCCCCCCCAUGUCUUGCCACCACAGGCUACAGCAGCCGCAAGAGACGGCGACGAUCUGGACGAUCUGGACGAGGAAGACGAGGCCCUUCUGCAUCGAGUCACCCAUGCCGUUGGCCUCGAUGCCAGCUCUUCAUCCCCGUUAAAGGAGUCCGAGCUGUCGCAGUGGAACCACGACGACCAUCUCAUCACCGAGAGCGGCACACAGAUUGUUCCUUGGGAGCACGUUGCUGGCUUCCCGACCAAGGAUCUGGAAAACAUUCUGACUCCGGCCAGGGCCUAUCACAAACGCUUGUUCCAGGUUUCCCUGGAUUCUCUCUACUGCGUUUCGUAUCCCAUCUAUGUGCCAGAGAACGGGGUCUGGCGGAAGAAGAGCAAGAAGCAGCAAAAGCACCGGGAUCACGAUGACACCGCUCCUACAGACACAGACGGUCCGGUCAGGACCAGUGACAAAGGCCCCUCGGAUGUAGACCAGCUUGCUGCCAAACCAGCCGAAGAGGCCGAAGACAAGAAAAGCUCCAUGACCAUGUUCAACCUUGUCUUCAUCUUGAACCCCCGAAGGCAUGAGGUUGCCGACCUUGUCGACAUACUCUACACGCAUAUCAUCAAGAAAGUCAACAAGGCAUACAAGUACUGCCAGCAGAGGGGUGAUUUCAUCUGGAAGGAAUCUAAGAAGAUUCUAGCCUUGAAGGACAAGGGCCGGGAAGACAAGAGGAAGAUGAGUCAGUUGUGGGAGGAAAUCCUAUCAAAUUCUUCACUGGCAGCGUCUAUGCAGGACAUAUACGAUGCCAUAUCACGAAACAGAAUUGCUGCCAUUCAGCUUGAGACCAUUGAGGGUGUGGUUACUCACUCCGUGCAGAUUCCUGUGCCAUUCCAUGUGCCCGACCUGCCACAGGACGGCCAAGCGGAGGAGCAGCUUGGCCUGUGGUUGACGACGGCAAACUCAUUGCAAGCCGACGAGAACGUAGAGGAGCCCGAAAAUCUGGACAAGACCUUUGCGCUCCUCCUGAUGGCAGAAGAGAAGAAAGUUAUCAACGAAUUAUUGGGCCCCGAAUCCGACCCUACUACACAGGCCAUGAUCGAGUUUGUACGCAGAUGCAAGCCCAAUCUCUCCUUCCACCAGGUGCAACAACAGGCAAGUAGUAUCCUUUCGCCUGCCCAGGUGCGGAGGUUCGCCGAACACUUCAUAUUCUGGCGACGAGCCAUCGCCAUACCGCCUUUGCACGGCCGCGAUAUGUACAUCGUGAGUCCCAACUGCGAUCUGCGCAGACUUCCUCAAGCAGCUGCUCAGUGGGCGAGACAGUUCCCACUAUCACCACCGUUGCCCAAUUUCCUGGCCGAGCUGAGCGUUGCCCCACGGCCGUAUAAACUGCACUGUCCGAGUAAGGCUCACCGGCCUCUUUAUAUGGCUAUGCUGGCGUGGCUGAUGCGCGGCGGUUGGGUUACCCAGCUCUGCACCUUUGCGUACGUUGUGGUCUGGCCGGAGAUCAUAUACGAAGUUGAAUAUGAACUAGAGGCAGAAGAGAUUGCGCACGAGAAGGCGAAAGCACAGAAUAGGGGCCGGGAGGACCAAGGCCACAAACACGACGAUAUGCUGUCUCCAACAACGGCGGCGGACAACGGUGGUGACAUCGGAGGACCCGGUAACAACGUGUUGGCAGCGGCACUCAGCGAGGGUCCCUUAGCAGGCUUCGCCGGAUCUGGAUUCCUUUCGCUCGCAGCCGAGUCGACAUCGGCCUCAGACCUGGAUUCCUCGGCAGCAACUCUCCGUGACCUGUCCAAUUCACAGUCACCGACCCUUUCCCGCGCCCAACCAGCUUCUACCCCCAUCAACGAGUUCCUCCCCACCCUAACUUCGCCCAUGUCAACCACUUCCCUCUCAACCCUCAUCCUCGGAACCAGCGACUACAUGACCAACUCCCACAAAGACAACUACAAUAACAAUGGCUCCUCCUCUCCCACAGCCUCCUACGCCUCCGCCAACACUCUCAACAUGCUCAACCCGCCCCGCCCCACCCUCCAACUCACCCACACCAUAUGCGAAGAUACCAACGCCUCAGCCGGUACUUCCUCCACGCACCAUCAGCCCACCCCCGCCGAACAGGCCGCAGAGAAAGCCCGACUGGAGCGCAUAGCCGACAAAGCGGCGCGCGAGCUCGCGGAGCGGGCCAUGGCGCACGCGCGAAAGGCUGUGCCGCAGGCAACGAGACACCCGAGCGUAAACCAUGCUAAACACCUGCUGGGCAUGAGCCCGCAUAUUAUAUUGGAUGCGAAGAAGGCGACGGGGAAGGAGAGUUUGUACUUGAGUGCUAUUGAGAGAAGGUUGAGGGGGCGGGGUGGGGAGGUGGCUACGACGACGGCGGCGACUGUUGCUGCUGCAGGUGCAUCUGAGGCCGGUACUAGUAGUGACGCUGCAGCCACGGACGGUGCUGGUGUGGAAGGAUCGGGGACGGGGCCGGAGGAUGCUGCCGCUGCUGGAGCUGGUAACGGCAAUAACAACAAUAACAACAACAAAAACAGCAGCAGUGCCAAUGCUUCCGCAAACACCGCUCCAAGCAAUGAUGCCACAAACAUCGCAUCCCCCUCCGCGACUGGUACCCACACCACCGGCGCCGGCGCGAAAACAGCCAGCGGAACCGGAACGUCAGGAGGGGGGCGUACCGUCUCCGGAUCAGCCAGCGCUCAACGAGGGACUAAGGACUGGGACGAGCGGGUGGCUAACACGUGGCCUCAGUUCUGGAAGUACUUCAAUGGGCGGUCGGCGCUGGAGCGGAUUGCUUUGCAAGAGGAUAUGAAGCGGAAGGAGGCGUGGUCGUUAUUGACGGCCAUGAGCGAGUAUUUGUUGUGUACCAGACAUUGGUGAAGCGGUCGAUGGCCAAGGGGCUGUGUAUAUACAUAGUAUUUCCAUUGUCAUGCCGGUAAACACAAUAGUUGACUGCGGGUACUAAUAUUGGACAAUCAAAGUAUUUCGGGGGAGAAGCCUUUUCGCUAUUGGCCUAU